AUGGCAGAUGAUAAUCCUAAUGGAGAGAGGAGGGUUGUGAUACCUGACCCCCUCCUUCUCAACUCACACUUCGCCCCCACGGCUUGCACUAUACCAUCAUGUGUACGAUUACCUGCAAUCAUGGCUAACAACUAUGAGAUUAAGCCUGGGAAUGCCAAACAUUGGCUUAGUACUUUGCCAGCUAAUUCUAUAACAUCUUGGGCGCAAAUGAGUGCGGCAUUCCUUAAGAAAUUCUUCCCCAUAGGAAAAACACUCAGACUUCGGCAGGAGAUUACCACUUUUCAACAAGCUGAGAAUGAACAGUUCUAUGAGGCUUGGGAGAGAUAUGGGGAUCUCAUUCGUAAGUGUCCGCACCAUGACAUACCUAAGUGGCAAUUAGUACAGAGUUUUUAUUCCGGGCUGCAUCCGCAGCAUCGUGUGAUGGUUGAUGCCUCAUGUGGAGGCUCUGUGAUGGUUAAAAAUGAAGAGGAUGCCUGGCAGUUGUUUGAAACUAUGAGCGAAGGGUCCUUGCAAAAUGUUUCUUUUGAGAGGAGAACUAAGUCAGUCAUUACUAGUUCUGAUAAGCCACGAGGUAUGUAUGAGAUUAAACCAUCUCAUGACCUCCAGUCUAAAGUAGAUGCACUGACUGAGAAAGUUGAACAACUUCUCACCAAGGGAUCGGCCACCUCACAGCCUCCACCUUAUCAGGAGCACCACAAUUCCCUUUGUUUGUGCAAGAACAGGUUAACGCUGCACAAGGGUAUGCCAAUGAGCAGGGUUUCUCCAAACCGGUUUAACCCUGCGGCCUAUCUCUCACCGAAUCAGCAGCAAGCACCUCCCCAAUCCUCACAGGAUCCAUCCUUUGAGGAAAAGGUGCUACAAGCGCUUGACAGACUAAAUGACACCCAACAGCAUGUGCGCACCAACACACAGUCCAUCGCAAGGUUAGAGACCCAAGUGGGUCAAAUAGCCAAUGCACUCAAUCAUAGGGAAGAAGGUAGGUUGCCCAGUCAGCCUGUCCAACCCCUUGGAGGACAGUUUGUGAUUCAUGACCCGCCUCCUGCUAAUGCUAAGGUAAUCAUGACUUUGCGCAAUAAGAGAGAGGUCGAAACCCGACCAGAGAAAGCGAAACCGAAGGAGCAUUUGGCUCCCUCCGACCCUGAUAACUUUGGGGAUGAGAGUUCACAGAGUAAAAAGGGAACCCUUCCAGUCACACCUUCACCAUCCACCUCCACUUCAAGGGGCUCUAAGGUACCACCCUAUGUGCUUAAAGCCCCAUUCCCACAAUGUCUCAAUGCCCCAUCUCCUUUCCCCAAGAAGGGUGCGGCUAUGGAGGAUAUUCUUGAGGUUUUUAAGCAAGUGAAAGUAAACAUUCCUCUCCUAGACGCGAUCAAACAAGUCCCCACUUAUGCUAAGUUUUUGAAGGACCUUUAUACUCAAAAGAGGAAAUGUAAAACCAAUGUAUCAAAAAAGGUCCUUCUCACCGAGCAAGUGAGCUCAGUGUUCCAAUUGAUUGCUCCUCCUAAGUUACAAGAUCCAGGCACCCCUACUAUUUCCAUAGGAAUAGGGAACCAUGUCAUUGAGCGAGCAUUGCUAGACUUAGGGGCUAGUGUUAAUUUGAUACUCUUACUCGGUGUACGAACAAUUGGGGCUUGGGGAGUUGAAACCCACGUUAGUCACCCUUCAGUUAGCAGACCGAUCCAUUAA